AACCGACUAAGCCCCGCCUCCUUGCAAGAUGGAAUGACUCUGCGCCGGCACUUUUCUGCUUCCUGCUUGACGUCACGUAGUUACCGCCAAUAGUCUCAAAGCUUCACUCUUUUCCACGCCCACCGACUGCUGUCACUAGCAGUUGAGGAAGUGUUCGGUGCUGUAUCGAUACCGUUUCGGUCGCUCCGGCCUCUGGUGUGAUGGCGGCCAGUCAGCAGUGGGUAUUAGUGGAGAUGGUGCAGGCGUUCUACGAGGCACCUGCAUACCAUUUAAUACUGGAAGGGAUUCUGAUCCUGUGGAUUAUACGACUUAUAUUUUCUAAGACUUACAAAUUGCAGGAAAGGUCUGACCUCACAGAAAAGGAGAAGGAAGAAUUGAUUGAAGAGUGGCACCCAGAACCUCUUGUGCCUCCUGUUUCUAAAGAUCACCCAGCUCUCAAUUAUAAUAUUGUUACUGGACCUCCAAGUCACACGAUCAUUGUGAAUGGAAAAGAGUGCAUCAAUUUUGCAUCCUUUAAUUUUCUUGGUCUCCUAGAUGAUGAGAGAGUUAAGGCUGCAGCAUUGGCAUCACUUAGGAAAUAUGGUGUUGGGACAUGUGGGCCAAGAGGGUUUUAUGGUACAGUUGAUGUCCAUUUGGAGUUAGAAGAAAGACUUGCCAAAUUUAUGAGAACAGAAGAAGCAAUCAUUUAUUCAUAUGGAUUUGCGACCAUUGCAAGCGCUAUUCCUGCAUACUCGAAAAGGGGGGACAUAGUAUUUGUGGAUGAAGCUGCAUGCUUUGCAAUUCAAAAAGGGCUGCAGGCAUCAAGAAGUAGCAUCAAAUACUUUAAACACAAUGAUAUGAAUGACUUGGAGAGAUUGUUAAAGGAACAGGAAGUGGAAGACCAAAAGAAUCCACGCAAGGCCAGGGUGACGAGAAGAUUUAUUGUUGCUGAAGGACUAUAUAUGAACACGGGUGACAUAUGCCCUCUUCCGCAACUGGUUGAGUUGAAGUACAAAUACAAAGUAAGAAUAUUCCUGGAGGAAAGUCUCUCCUUUGGAGUACUAGGAGAACAUGGACGGGGAGUGACUGAACAUUUUGGCAUUAAAAUUGAUGACAUCGAUUUGAUCAGUGCAAACAUGGAGAAUGCUUUGGCUUCUAUCGGAGGUUUUUGCUGUGGCCGAUCAUUUGUUAUUGAUCACCAGAGACUUUCUGGACAAGGCUACUGCUUCUCAGCCUCUCUGCCUCCGUUAUUGGCUUCAGCUGCCAUUGAAGGUCUUAACAUUAUGGAGGAAAACUCGGAAAUCUUCCAUACUCUGAGAGAAAAGUGCAAGCAUAUCCACAAAGCAUUGCAAGGCAUUCAGGGUCUGAACGUUGUUGGCGACAGCUUCUCCCCCGCAUUUCAUCUUCGGCUAGAGAAAAGCACUGGUUGCCGGGAAAAAGAUGUAAAACUGCUACAAGAUAUUGUAGAUCAUUGCAUGAAUAGGAAAAUUGCCUUAACCCAAGCUCGUUAUUUGGAAAAAGAAGAAAAACAUCUUCCACCGCCAAGCAUAAGAGUGAUAGUCACUGUGGAGCAAACCGAUGAAGAACUGGAUUUAGCGGCCUCCGUGAUCAAGCAAGCUGCAUCUUUAGUACUGAAUUAAAUUUUUGAAGACAUUACAUCUCUCAUAAUUUGAGCUUGUCCUAAUGGUGGUAAUCUCUUGAACGGUAUAAGGAAUCGAGACCGAAGAUCUUGCGUAUCUAAUGAUGAAAUGUUAGCGCAGCGUACAUUCCGGGACAAAGGAUGGGGGGGGGGAUGGGCAGUAAUACUGCCGAACAAAUAUAGCAGAAAACCAAAUCAUGGUACAUGCACUUAUGAUGUUGUGUGCCUUUUUUUUUUACUGCUGUUACGCUGUGACUUUUCUACUUUUUUAAAUAACUGUUUACAGAAAUAAAAAGGUGAGUUAUUCCCCAUCAUAUGUCUACAAGUGCAUGAUGGCAUCACUUUGGAAGUUUUAAUGUUUUCUUUUAAGCUCACAACAAUGCCCUUUAGUGUAUUAAAUUUCAAUGGUUUUUAUUAUUACAAAAUGCAAACUUUAUAUGUCAGCAUUUAACGGGUGUGUGAAACUUCAGCUGUGUAUUGAUAUACACAUUUUAUAUCCAUUAAGAGAUACAUAGAUGCACUGAUUUUCUGGUUGUUUUCUGUUUAACUGCUUCCAAGUAAAACUAAGACUAAUUUGAGUUGUUCAGUUUGUUUGUGCAUUAAAAAUGAUAGAUUUACAUAUUUUUUAAAAACUAAUGCAUUUUGCUACA